AUGAGCGCCAGCACCCAUCUCGAGCACAUCGACGCCGCGGAUGCUUUCGCCAGGACCCUGUUCCUCCGCGCCAAAUCCUGCCCGUCGCCCCUCUUCGCCGGCGUCGCGGCUGCUGUGCGCCAGCUCCAUCUUGCUCUGCGGCAUCUCCGGGUCGAGGCGGCCGAUCCCGAUUCCCUGCUGAGGCGCGCCGACGCCCCCGUCUACACCCGCCAGCUUCGCCCCCUGGUCCAGGACUGCAGCUUUGCCCUCAAGCAGCUCGAAGCCGUGCUGGAAAAUCACGACGUCGCUCGAGGCCGAGAAACAAGCGGCUUGGCGGACCGCGUGGCCGCUGUGCGUUCCCGUCUCGCCACCCAGACGGCCAGCAUCGACAUGUUCCUCGACACCGUGCAGCUGCACAAUCCCGCAAGCAACGCCCCCGAGCUCGUGCCCCUGGACAGCAGCGAUGCCAACCUGGAAAUCAUCAAGGACAAGGUGGACGACAUCGCGACCAGGCUCUUUCGACGGCGGGAUACCGAGGGCAGCAUCGUAGACGACCAGGACGACAAGUGGCGCGACUUCAAGUCCGAGCUGGAGACGGAGGGCUUUUCUCCUCGAGUCUUGCAGCAGCACAAGGACAUUCUUCGCGCCUACAUACGGGAACUGCAGUCCGUGUCGACUGCAAACGGUGGAGCGCCCCCGACCGUCAGAGGGCUUCUUGAGCAAGCUGCGUCGAACCAGCCCUCCCCUCCAGUCCCCCCCAAGGAGCCUCUGUCUCCACGGGAACUGCACGCCGGCGCUGACAGCGACAAGAAUCUCCCCGGCGUGAAGCAGCUGCAACGUGGGACCCUCGAUCUAGCACCGGUGGUCCCUGGUGACGCCAAGGCGGCCAAUAAGCGCUCCUUCUCGUUUCAAGAUGGUGCAAGCGGGCAGGGCGACUCUCUCGCCCUCGUCUCGACCCAGGAUCUGAUCACCAUGGACAAUCUCAACUCUCGCAUGGCCGGUAUGCAUCUACACCCGACCUUGCACCCGCAUUCUCCGCCGUCGCAAGCACGAAGCAUUUCGAACCCUUUACCUCUGGCCAUCGCAGGAAGCUGGCCACCACCCCACGUGACGACGGGGCACCCGCAUACCACCUCCUCCCUGAGCGAAUCGCCGGCAGACACGGCAUCAUCAGCUUCAAGAACCGUAGCCAGCUUGGCGCCCGACAGGUACGGCAAGGCCAUCCCCAUGGACGCACCGUGGACAAAGGUCAGGAGGUCUCUCAUCAGCCCAGAGGUCCUCGAGCGCGCUGGCGUGCGUUACGAAGCACGGCCCGAAUACGUCGCCAUACUAGGGCGCCUACCCCGAGAGCAGGUCGCAGAAUACGCCAGGCAAAGCGCCGAGUGCCGGGCCGCUCGAGCCUGCGCACCAGCAGCAGCAGCAGCACCACCACCACCACCACCACCACCGUCGCACCCGCAGGCUCGACACCACCACCACCGCGGUCGAGCCAACUCGAGCAGCAGCCGCGACGACAGCGACGACAGCGUGCUGUGGGACGAAAGCGACGCCACCGACUACGACGACGACAAGCCGUCCGAGCGGGCGGCAAGAAGCUAUCCAUACAUUGUCAGCCCCCCCGCCAGGAGCAGGACCUCCCCUUCCACAACUGUCACGCCCAAGCCCAUCCUGAAGAACAAAAACGCCAACCACGUCCGAUUCGACCCGGAGCCGCACGAAGUGCGCGCAGCGGACGCGACGUCUCCAAGAUGCUCCGACCGACGCCAACGGCACCGCGACUACCGGGAUAGCGGCGAGCGCUCGCGCCACUCGCACAAAAGUGACCGCGACCGCGACCGCGACCGCGACCGGGACCGUCGGAGAGACCGCCGCGAAGAGCGCCACAUGAGGAGGAAAACGUGGGGAGAGACCAUUGGCGUCGUUGGCAUCGGCGGCGCUGCCGCCAGCCUGCUUGGCGUUCUGACGGAAGCAGCUGUUGGGUUUUGA